GCCGCCACCAGAUUUAGAAGCUCGAUGUGAGAUCCUUCGUGUGCAUACACGUAACAUGAAGUUAGAUGCCGAUGUUGACAUUAGGCAAGUAGCUGAGAAUACGGAUCUCUACACAGGGGCAGAGUUGGAAGGGCUGUGCAGAGAAGCCGGAAUUGUUGCUUUAAGAGAAGAUAUUUCAGCCACUGUUGUGUGUGAUCGACACUUCCAAACCGUCAGGCAGUCACUAAAGCCAGCGCUCACCCAGGGAGAAAUUGAAUCAUAUUCCUCCUUUAUGAAGAAGGAGAAGGAGAAGAACCCAUCUCUCUGUUCUUCUAGUACACUUGAAUCCUCCAGCUACAAUCAGAGCAGCAAGACAAGUCGGCAUCUUUUGAUGAGUCCUGCUCUUAGAAUCUGUAUUUUUAGUGUAGUUUUGUAUGCUGCUGCAAUUUAUGCGUUCACACCGGCCGUUCUAUUGUCUAAAGAACUAAGAAGUACUUAGAAUUUCAUUGUGUUUGUGUUGCUUAGUUCUGAACAAAUAUUAUGUACGGUACUAUAUUAUAUCUAAAAAAGGUAAAUCAUUCGUUUCAGU